UUCCCACAGAUGAAGCAUGAAGAGAAAGAAGCAGAUGACAAUGUCUCCAUAGUGGUGCAGUUUGUUCUGCUAGGAUUUUCUGAAAUUUCAAACCUCCAAGGCUUUCUACCUGGGGUGUUCUCCAUCAUUUACGUGGCUAUCCUCAUUGGGAACAGUCUCAUAGUCAUAAUAACAAGGCUGGACCCUGCGCUGCACAAACCCAUGUAUUUUUUCCUGGCACAUUUUUCUAUACUGGAAAUCUGUUAUGUUUCAAUCACUCUCCCGAGGAUUCUGGUCAGCCUUUGGACCAAGGAUAGAAGGAUCUCCCUACUGAGCUGUGCCACCCAAUUGUGCUUCUUCCUUGUACUGGGAACUGCGGAAAGUUUCCUCCUGGCUGUGAUGUCCUAUGACCGCUAUCUGGCCAUCUGCAACCCUCUGCACUAUCCUCUAAUCAUGAACCCAAAGAAGUGCCAUCUACUGGCAGCUGGCUCCUGGCUUGGGGGAAUGCCAGUCCAGAUAGGACAAACAUGCCAGAUAUUCUCUCCGCAUUUCUGUCAUACUAACCAAAUCAACCACUUCUUCUGUGACAUACCCCCCAUUCUCAAGCUAGCCUGUGGGGACACCUCAGUGCAUGAGGCCUCUGUCUAUGUAGUAGUGAUAUUGGUUGGGGCAGUACCUUUCAUGUUGAUACUUGUCUCCUAUACCAAGAUCAUUGCCACCAUUCUGAGGUUGCCAACAGCCCAAG